GGCAGGAGCUUGCCCAAUCAAGUACGAGUUCUGAACGUACUGUGUUCAACCCUGGGGCUCCGCUGAAAUGGAGCAAGGAGUUUUAAAAGACUCACGGCUUCUGAGCUUCAGGGUUCUGCCAGCACAUCGAUCAUUUGACUCACCACUCAAUAUUCAAUAUCUGAGACAAGAUCCGUCAUGUUCCGGCUCAAGGUACAGAAUGUUGCCUUGAUGGUGUGGCUCUCGCUUUCCAUCGCGACUCUUUCGUCUGCCCGUAAGUUGAAUUGUAACCGACUGGUGUUCAAGUACGUAUAUGAUACUGGGGUCGCCCCCAUCGAAACAAAAACAUGUCAGACGACGUGUGAUGCGUUGUUUCCGGAUCUCAUGUGGCGGAAUCUUGGGAAUCUUGGUUCUUCGGCAAUGUCAAAUUCAUCCCUGGCUAACGCUAUUAAAACACUGGACACAGCUUGUCUGGGAGCCUCAGGUAUAUGUGUGAAAUGGGAGCCGGCUAUGAUGGAGAGGGACGCUGAACCUUGCAAAUGCAACAUUUAUCUCGGCGCCAUGCGUGUCCGUAACCACGGAAAGGUGCCGACCGUGUACGAUGAGUUCGACGACGUUGUCAAGUCUGUGACUUGCAAGAUCGAUGAAUUUCGAACACAGUUUGAGGAACAUUUCCGGUGGUAUACUGGACAAAACGUCUCACUGGACGCAACUCGUACUCCCAAGAAGGCGGUACAUUGUCGGCAUUUAAGUGGUUGCGACUGUUCGAAUUUUGUGGCAUUGUCUUCGCCUAAUGGGUACUUUUGCACCUUAGACAACUGGUAGUCUGUCAGCUCUCUCUCUGCGGCUGAAGAACGGAACAGUUCAUGAAGCCAUCUGUACGUACCUGCAGCUCCUUAGCUGCAGGUAC